CUCAAAGUGUAGGAGGAGAAAGAGAAAGUGCAGGCAGCCAUGUCCACUUCGAAUGCACUUCUGGCUUCGACUCCAACGCCAAGGUUAUUAGGCAAGGUGGCAUUGGUCACAGGUGGGGCUUCUGGAAUUGGAGAAAGCAUUGUGCGUCUCUUCCACACCCAUGGUGCUAAAGUUUGUAUAGUUGAUGUGCAAGACAACCUCGGAAAGUUGCUAUGCGAAACCCUUGGUGAUGAAGCAAACGUUGUUUUCUUCCACUGCGAUGUUACAAUAGAGGAAGACGUGUCCCAUGCAGUGGACUUCACCGCGGAAAAAUUUGGCACCCUAGACAUCAUAGUCAACAACGCUGGAAUCUCUGGUUCUCAAUGUCCCGAUAUUCGCAAUGCAGAUCUAUCAGAAUUCGACAAGGUGUUCAACCUAAACGUGAAAGGAGUGUUCCACGGGAUGAAACACGCUUCACGAAUUAUGAUUCCAGAGAAGAAGGGCUCAAUAAUUUCUAUAUGCAGUGCGGCAAGUGCAAUAGGUGGGUUAGGAUCGCAUGCAUACACAGGGUCCAAGCACGCUGUGUGUGGACUCACGAAGAAUGUUGCAGCUGAAUUGGGGAAGCAUGGUAUCAGAGUGAAUUGCGUGUCACCUUUUGUUGUGGUGACAGGUUUGGUUUUGGCUCAUUUUGCUGAGGAGCAGAGAAAGGAAGAGGCUUUGGCUGGUUUUCGGGCUUAUGUUGGGAGAAAUGCCAACUUGAAGGGGGUAGAGUUGACUGCUGAUGAUGUGGCUAAUGCUGUGCUUUUCCUCGCAAGUGAUGAGGCUAGAUAUGUGAGUGGUGAGAAUCUCUUGGUUGAUGGAGGGUUUGCAAAUGUAAAGCAGUUAUGAGAAACCUUAACAACACACAUUUUCUAUAAAUGAUUGGGAUAUAUUGAAAAACACAUUUGAUGGAUCUCGCACUUUAUUUAAUGAUAUGUAAUUUUUAAUAAAUUUUAAUGAAUAAAAAAGUGUACAUAGAGAAGUGUGUUGUUAGUAUGGUUAGAGUUUUAGCUGGUUUAUUAAUAGCAUUUCUUAUUGUUAGUUUUA